AUGUACGAACAGAAUUUUCGUCUUCAGACUCGUCUGUCGUCUCGUCGUCAUUACCCAUGUCUGGUAACUCAUCUUCAGAACGGCCAGUCACCUCAUUACGUAGACUGGAACGUUGGGUUACGGUUGCAACUGUUGGAUUUUUACCGCGUCCUCUACCACGUCCUCGACUACGCCCUUGGCCACGUGUACGUUUCGCGUCUAAAAAUCUUUCAAUGGAUUCUUCAAGUUGUCUUUGAUAAGGCGACGAUGUGA